UAACUUACCUGAUUUUGUUACUAAAAUUUUCAUCAAAUUAUCGAUCUUUUCAUGUAUUUAUUUCACACGUAAAGCCACCUAGGACGUAGAUGAGAUGAGUGUCAAGGCGUUUGAGCUGGUCCCGGCCAUUGAGAGGCUCAAACUGCUGGGCGAGAAAGCAAGAACUUCAAUUGAGUGCAUCGAAUGCUGCGGAAAAAACCUGUACAUAGGCACCAGCGACUGCUUUGUAAUCCAUUUCUUGAUUGAGGAGAAGACACUAGCCAAUGGGAAGAUCACGUACACCAGCGAGAAGCAGUCGCACAAGUACCUUGCCGUGAAAAAGCCCAUACAGCAACUGAAGGCGGCCUCUGCGCUGACGAGAAUCUUGGUGCUGUGUGACAAUGUCCUGACGUUACUCAAUAUGUUCAACCUGGAGCCCAUUCUAAGUGGAGCCAAGAUCAAAGGGGUGACUGCCUUCUGUGUAAACAGCAACCCACGAUCCAGCAACCCCUUCAGUCUGGAGAUCGCCGUGACAACAAGAAGGAGACAGGUUCAGGUUUACAACGUCACGGAAGAUAAGGUCGUCCUUAUCAAGGAGAUUAACAUCAGUGACAUACCGGUCAAUCUGAGUUCAGAUGGUUACUGCAUUUGCAUUGCCAUGACCAACCAGUACAUGAUGGCCAACUACAAUACCGGCGAAAUGACCGACUUGUUCCCCUACGAUGCCGACACGACCUCGCCCGUUAUCAAGAGGGUUGGCAAGGAAGAGUUCCUAUUGGCUGGUCCGAGCGCCCUGGGGAUGUUUGUGACGUCGGCCGGUAUAUCGCAGAGACCACCGCUGAAAUGGUCGGAGAAUAUCCACGGAGUUAGUUACCUGUUCCCUUACGUGGUUGCCAUGGACGAAGAAUUCCUCACUGUUCACAGUGUAUUAGACCAACAGCAGAAGCAGACCAUUCCAUUCCAAUCGGGGAAGAUCCUGGGCGACUUUGAGGGGAGGAUCCUUGUAGCAUCCAGGAAAGAAGUGUACGCUUUGGUGCCUCUACCCGUGGAAAAACAGAUCCAAGCUCUGUUGAGUGAUCAGAGAGUGGAGGAGGCGUUGACGCUGGCGAGAAAUGCCAAGAAGCUGGGACUUGCCAAGGAGAAAUUCCACAAGCUUUAUCAACGGAUCCAGCAGCAAGCUGGCUUCAUCGAACUGUCUCAGUUUCACUAUGAAGAAGCGGCCCAACUCUUCAAAGACGGACUGCUCGACGUCCGGGAGCUGAUCAGUAUCUUCCCCAACCACCUCCCCUCCACCUCCAACUUCAACCGGUCCAGUCCCCUUCUCCACCAGUUUGCCGACAUCUCGUCCGUCGUGCGAGGCAGCAAGGAGCGGCUGUGCGAGUGCAAGACGUUCCUAGCCGGGUACCUGGACAGCAUCCGGGGCGGAGAGCUCAGCAUCGGGUACAGGGAGGAGGUGGACACUGCCUUGCUGAAGCUUUAUGCCGAGACAGAUCCCGAGAAGCUGAUUGGCUUGGUCUCGUCUGAGAACACCUGCUCGUUAAAAGAUGCCCCCGAGGUCCUGCAAAGAUUCAGCAGGCACCAUGCCUUAGGCCUGCUGUACAGGUACCACCUAGACAAUGAGAAGGCACUCCAUACAUGGGCAAGAUUAUGUGACGGGGAGUUGAAAGACGACUCGUUUCCAGGCCUGGAGUUUGUUGUUGAUUUCUUAUCAAGGUUGAGCGAUCAUGAGCUAGUCUGGAGGUACGUGGACUGGGCUUUGCAGAAAGAUCCCAACCUGGGAGUAAAGAUCUUCACCGAUAGGUCCGAGUCGGAGGCCCUUACGGAGCGCAUGCGACCAGACACGGUGAUCGACUACCUCCACGCCUACCCCAUGGCGGUCAUGCGAUACUUAGAGCAUCUCGUCUUCACCAAGAAGCUGGAGAAAGAGAAGUACCACACCCAUCUGGCCGUCCUGUACCUGGACAGCGUCUUGAAGAAAGAUGCCGGAACCCCCAAGACCGAGAUGGACCUAGCCCGGUCCAAGCUGCGGCACAUGUUGGAGGAGUCCUCCCUCUACCGAGUCCAGCUCAUCCUGGGGAAGGUCCGAGAAACGGAGAUGUUUGCCGAGACCGCAAUCCUCUAUGGAAAGCUUGAAGAACACGACAAAGCCUUGCGAAUCUUGGUCUACAGGCUGCGAGACUACGGCGCCGCUGAGCGCUACUGCCGCAUCAACUCCAAGGGUAGGGACAGGGCCUACCGACGGAGACUGUUCCAGAUCCUACUGGGCGUGUACUUGGACCCACUGGAGGGGAAGAAGGAUUCCCUGAUCGCCCCGGCCAUUGCCCUGCUGAACAGCGAGGAUGCUGACUUUGAUGCUUCUAGGGUGUUGCAGCUGAUCCCCGAGAACUGGUCCACUGCGCUCCUGUCCCAGUUCCUGACCAACACGGUCCGUCAGAGCCUCCACACGGCCCGCAUCACCAAGCUGCAGCGCAUGCUGGCCCGCACCGAGAACCUGAACCUCAAGUCGGCCCAGAUCGCCCAGCAGCGGGACCCCAUCUACGUCGGGGAGGAGCGCUCCUGCCAGGUCUGCAACCGGCCCUUCCUGGAGCCGUCGUUCGUCCGGUACCCGAACGGCGUGGUGGUCCACACGCAGUGCGCCUGGAACAAGGCCGUGUGCCCCGUGACGGGGCGACUGUUCAGUACGAGAGUCGGGGCUACGAAGAGAUAGACCUUGGGACGAUUUCAAUUUGCUGACUAUGGAAAAUAUGUUGCUUAUUAGCAAAAACAGGGCUCUGCUAACCACAGUAUUCCGCGCUUAUGAUCAGCAUUCUGUGCUUACAACACCAGCAGAAAAACUCUGCGCUAA